UUUCUGACCACGUGAUCAAAACUGUCAUGGCGGCGCCCUCGUGCAAUGCGUGGUUGUCAUCGUUCGUAGCGAUACUUUUGACUUAAAAAAAAAGCAAAUCCAGUCAAGGUAGUUGUUUCUGUUUCAUCACUUUUACUUAUAAUUGUUAUUUUGUUGUUUGUGGUGUACCAAUCCAGUCGGGUCGGACAUUUUUAGGGGCGGAUUUUCUAUACAGUACACACGUAACGCCACGCGCAUAUCAGCUCCGUUUGAGAGGAGCAACAAAUCGGCGUGACUCGGUGUACAUUUGUAGGAAAAUGAAGACGACGAGGAUGAUGCCCAGAAACAAGCGUCCGUUCUCCGGCAAGAGGAGACCAGCCAAACGGAGCGUCCACGUGAAAGGCAACUGGAAGGCUGUGGAGAUCGACCCCAGCGUCUUCUCCGAGGAAGGAAUGGAGACCCUGGUGUGUUUUGAAGAGCUGACAGAUUACCGGUUAGUAGACCCCGAGAAGGCUGCUGCUGCUGCUGACAAACAAACAAAGGAACCCACAAGGGAGAAGAAGAAGAAAACCAAGAGAAAGGCCAGCGAGGCAAAAGAGGCUGGAGAGAAGGUGGAUGUGGAGGGUAAAGACGGGGAGAACGCAGCUGAACCAGUUAAGAAGAAAGCCAAAAAUAAGAGAAAUAAGAAACAGGGCCCACAGGAAUCUGACCGACCAGAGGAGACUGCUGAAGAGCUGCUACAGAAUGAUGUAGCUGCAGGUGAGGAGGCAGGAGACGGCGAAAAGCCUCCGGAAGAGGCCUCCAAAGAUGUAACAACGUUAGCAGUUAGUUCAGAGGCCCAAUUAAAACCCCCAAAGAAGAGCAAGAAGAAGAGGAAAAAGAAACCGAUAAAGGAGAAGAAAAGUCCAGACGCACUGCCGAACCAAGAGUCUAAAUCAGAACCUCAAGCUGCGGACAAAGAAAAAGCCCCUCAAGAAAAAGUCGUAAAGCAUCCUAAAAACAAAAAGCAGAUAAAGAAUUGGACAAAUGCAGCAAGAUCUGACUGCAGUGACAAACGUGCCGAUGUGAGUGCCUGGAAGGACCUGUUCGUCCCCUCGCCGGUGCUGAAGGCACUCAGCAGUCUUGGUUUUAGCUCACCAAGUCCCAUACAAGCCCUGGCUUUGCCUCCAGCCAUCAGGGAUCGAAUGGAUAUAUUGGGGGCGGCUGAGACAGGAAGCGGGAAGACGCUGGCUUUUGGGAUUCCCAUGAUCCACGCCAUCCUGGAGUGGCGUGACAGAUCGAAAAGGCCAGAUGAUGAUGAUGAUGAUGAUGAUGGCGACGACAACGCUGAAUCGACCGUGAAAAGGGGGGAGCGUUUUUAUCUACCAUCUGUAGAUGAGUCCACAAUAGAGGAAGGCCAGGAGGAGAACGUGGACACAGAGGGAGAAGAGGGGGGAAGCGUCACAGAGCGGGAUCAAGGUGACCCGGACGAACGUGACAGCGAAGACGGCGGUGACGAAAAAGAUGGCGACGAGAGCCCCGAUCAAGUAAUCGAAAAGGCCGAGUUUGACUUUGCCGCCGCCGAACCAGAAAAAGCAAAAGCCGCGGCUGGACGCAGUCAGCCUCUGCUCGGACUGGUGCUCACUCCCACCAGGGAGCUGGCUGUUCAGGUCAAGCACCACAUAGAUGCCGUCGCCAAAUUUACCGACAUCAAAACGGCGAUAGUGGUGGGUGGAAUGGCACAAGAGAAACAACGGCGGAUGCUGAGGCGAAGACCCGAAAUCGUCAUUGCCACUCCAGGACGUCUGUGGGACUUGAUCCAAGAGAAACAUCCACAUCUGCUCAAUUUGAGAAAGCUCAAGUGCCUGGUCAUUGAUGAAGCGGAUCGCAUGGUGGAGAGAGGCCACUUUGCAGAGCUGGAGAAUCUGCUGGAGAUGCUGAACAACGAUGACUUUAAUCCCAAGAGGCAGACUUUUGUGUUCUCUGCCACACUGACCAUGGAUCACAGCAUGCCCACGCGCCUUCUGCAGAAGAAGAGGAAGAAUCUGGACCAGAGGAACCAGCUGGAAACUCUGAUGAGCAAAGUGGGGAUCAAGUCCAAACCCAAAAUCAUUGACCUGACCAGGAAGGAGGCAACAGUGGAGAGCUUGACCGAGACCCAAAUCCAUUGUCAGAAGGAAGAGAAGGACUUCUACCUUUAUUACUUUCUGCUCCAGUAUCCCGGCCGCACCAUGGUGUUUGCCAACAGUAUAGACUGCAUCAAGAGACUGAGCUCUCUGCUGGUCAUCAUGGACUGUACUCCACUGCCCCUCCAUGCAAACAUGCACCAGAAGCAACGGCUCAAAAACCUGGAAAGGUUUGCCGAGAGGGAGAGUUGUGUUCUGCUGACUACUGAUGUGGCAGCUCGAGGACUGGAUAUCCCAAAUGUUGAGCAUGUCAUUCACUACCAGGUUCCCCGGACUUCUGAGACUUACGUCCAUCGUAGUGGCAGAACCGCGAGAGCCACCAAAGAGGGUCUGAGUUUGCUGCUGGUAGGCCCAGACGACAUGAUGAACUUCAAAAAGAUCUACAAGGCCCUCGGGAAAGACGAGGAUCUUCCCAUGUUCCCCAUAGAGACCAAAUGCAUGGAAGCCAUCAAGGAGCGGGUAAACUUGGCACAUCAGAUCGAGAAGAUUGAGUUCUACAACAGCAAGGAGAAGCAGCACAACUCCUGGUUCAAACAAGCCGCGGCGGCGCUGGAGCUUGAGCUGGAUGAGGAUCUUUUAAUUGGCAGAGGAAACGACGACGACGGUGGUGACCGAGGGCAGCAGAGGGCGGUGAAAGGGAUGAAAAAGCAUCUGAAGCAUCUGAUCUCCCAGCCGGUAUUCAGGAAUAUGAAUAAGUCCAAGUACCCCACUCAAAUGGGAAGGCUCUCCAUGCCUCACCUGCCCGUAGGUGGGAGGGGAAAUGCCCUCACCAGUCUUUCGACCCAGGAGGACAAACGGAAGUUGAAGAAGAAAGCGGGUGCGCAGCAGCGGAAAAAGGAGCAGCAGCAGUGACAUGUUGAUGGAAUGUGUGUUUUUAGAGAAGCCAUCUUUGACACGCUUUGUGUGAAUGUUGAUGUCACGUAAAUGGGUUUUCAUGAAUUCAUUUCGAUUUGUUCAAAUACUUAUUGCACAAUGUGCAAAAACCCAAAAUGUAAUUGCAAAUGUUGACCCGCUGUACACUGCAAGACUUUAUAUAAACCUGUUUUGGGAAGUGUC